AUGGUGGGUAUUGAAGGGCACAAUCCUAGUGGACACUGUCUAAUUGCAUCAAAGAUUGUUGACUGUGUCCCCUUAUCAGUUUCUUCGAAUGAUAAUCUCCCUCCAGGAAAGAAACAAGCUAUGGAUACGAAUAUUCAUUCAAUAGAUCCCUCUCAGGAAACAAGGGAGCUCUCAUUGGUAUGCCAUGAAUUUCAUUUUACCGCAUACAUUGAGCUAGAUUCAAAAAUAGGGAUGGCCACGGGGAAAACCCUCCUCGUCGCUAAUCCCAUCGAAAUUUUUGGAAGACCUUCCUCCACCGACAAUCGCCAAUACAGCUUUCUACCAUUUCAGCUUCGUCAACCACCAUAUCCAACCGGGAGAAGGUUCGACCGUAUGCACCAAAACAUCUGGGGUUUGCAACGGUCUCAUCGGCCGCUGAUUGUUGACAACUUCCACUGA